AUGAUUUCAUCCGUUAGAUCCAAAAUUGAAAAAGGAAACAUUCGAAACGCGCUACAGCUAUUGUCUUCAACAGAUACAGUUGCACCGGUUACGGAAGAAACCAUAGGUUUCCUAAGGGAGAAACAUCUAAACGCUCCCUCAAACAGAAAGGAAUGUCUAACCAAAGAGGCUUCAAGCUUAACGGUUAAUUCACAACAGGUGCUGCACUGUUUAAAGUCUUUUCCUAAGGGAACUUCUGACGGCAGAGAUGGUCUCACGCCUGCACAUCUAAGAGACGUUACGUCUUCAAAAGCAGACUCUUCUGAUCUAGUAAAUUUGAUUGCCUCAUUUGUCAACCUGAUUCUAAGCGGGAACUGUCGGCCAGAGAACGUUGGUUCUGCUGUGAAAAACGACACUGUUAGACCUUCAUUUUAUGCCCAAGAUUUGAUGGAUGGCCAGUUUACGUUGAACAAAAAACUAGCACAUUAUAAAUUAAACGCUUAUAAAUGUAUUCGAGCUGCUGAUGAGUCCCCGGUAGGGACGAUACAUGCCCAGCCUAUCCAAACGAAUACUGUUUUUUCUUCUUUUCACUCCCGCUCACUGCUCUUCCUGGUUCGGUGUUCUCUUACAUCAGCGCAACAGCAACAAAUCGUUGACCCCGACGAGAUCGAAGAAACAAACAACGGGAGUUGCCACACCAAUGCGAAUCUUCGAUACAACAAUAAAGGAUUGAUCCCAGCAAUUCAACCUCAUCCAUCACGUUUGCCAACACACACGAGACGAUCUGGCGAGAAAGUAUUGUCGGAUUGA